UGAACGAGAAACGUCCGCACAAGAACAGUUAAUCAAUCCAGAAGGCACCACAAAUUUACCCAAUCAAGAAUUAUCACAAUUUUAUUAUUUCCAAAUGGAUCCCUAUACGAUUUCAUCACAGAAGGAUUUUUCAUAGGUGUGCAAAUCAAAUUACAGAAGCUGAUGAACGUCAUGCAUGCACACAAGAAGAUUUUUUUUUUUUUGACGAGGUCAUUUCGUCACAGAAGAAUUUUUCAUUUUGAAGACGUUCAUCAGCUGGCAUCUAUUCAGAGUCAAAUCAGAACAUCGUUCACGUUCAUCUGAACUGUGAAGUUGCCAACCGAAUCCUUUCAGAUGUGUUCACCAGUCUCACUCAAUCAAAAGAAAUUACAGUCCAACUCCCAAAAGGUCACGCAGGAUCAUAAACAAUAAUGGCAGUAACCAGUUUUCAAACUUCCAAUCCGCCUAAUAUAUAGAGCAGCCCUUGCAUCCUAAUCUCACAACACAGAGCAAAACAAUCACCACUGCAGGUAGAGCAAAACAAUCACCACACAUGGCAACCGGAUCAUCGCUGGUGCCACUGCUGCUGAUUGCAGUAGCUGUUGCACAGAUUGUUGGGUCACAAGCUGGUAGCAUUUCCAUAUACUGGGGUCAGAAUGGUGGCGAGGGCACACUGGCCGACACCUGCGCCACCGGCAACUACAGGUUCGUCAACUUGGCAUUCCUGGCAGCCUUUGGCAAUGGCCAGCCUCCUGUCCUCAACCUGGCAGGCCACUGUGACCCGACAAACGGCGGCUGCGCAAGCCUCAGCGGCGACAUCAAGUCGUGCCAGAGCAGCGGUGUCAAGGUCAUGCUCUCCAUUGGCGGCGGUGCGGGCAGCUACUACCUUUCCUCAGCCGCGGACGCCAAGGAUGUUGCGACGUACUUGUGGAACAAUUUCUUGGGGGGUCAGUCAUCUUCCCGCCCCUUGGGUGAUGCAGUCCUUGAUGGCAUAGACUUCGACAUCGAAGGCGGCACAAACCAGCACUGGGAUGAUCUUGCAAAAUACUUGAAAGGGUACAGCAACUCUGGCAGGAGGGUGUACCUGACCGCUGCACCUCAAUGCCCGUUUCCUGAUGCCUGGGUUGGUGGUGCGCUCAACACCGGCCUGUUUGACUACGUCUGGGUGCAGUUCUACAACAACCCUCCUUGCCAGUACAGUUCAGGCAGCACCACUGAUCUUGCUGAUGCAUGGAAGCAGUGGCUGUCAAUUCCGGCGAAGCAGAUCUUUCUUGGCCUCCCGGCUUCCCCUCAGGCAGCUGGGAGUGGUUUUAUACCAGCUGAUGACCUCAAGUCUCAGGUGCUUCCAUUGAUCAAGAGCUCAGGGAAAUAUGGAGGGAUCAUGCUGUGGUCCAAGUAUUAUGAUGACCAAGAUGGCUACAGUUCUUCAGUGAAGAGUGAUGUGUAGGUUGUUUUCCUGUGAUGUGUCACAAUAUCUGUGUGUUACUUGUGUGUAUGUGAGCACUAUGCCCUAUGAUUUGUGAGAAAUUAUGUGUGACUCUGGAUAGUGUAAUAAGUAUUACUCGAGAAUAUGAUUGGAUCUUCUAGCAUACUGUUCGAAUCCUUCAGAUGGCUCAAAGAAAACGCAAAAUUAUAGAAACUGUUGGCUUUCAUUGAUGGCACUAAAUUCUAGUUCAAAAAAUGCCUGGUAUAAAUUCAAUCAACUUUUGAAGAGCAUGGCACUGCCUAGCCAACUCUCCAUUAACAGUACUUUAACAUAACAUAACAUAAAGAAGUGCAAUCUUUCGUUAACAGAUGAAAGGUAUUAAUUAUCGCCUCAAAAAAUGUAUUAAUUUAAGUGGCAUAACAAAACUGAAUGCUACCGAGAUUCUACAUCAGUUUCCAGCUAACUAAUGUCACACUACAUACAUCUAACACAGGAACUAACAGUAAUUCGAGUUCAGGGCAC